AUUGUUGACGUUAUCGAGGAGAACUUCUAUGAUGCGCGAACGCAAGAAGUAGCAGGUCCUCGUGCACAGCAGAUCAUAAUUUAAGGGGAGAGAGAGAGGGAGAGAGAGAGUCUCGGUACCUUGCGGCUCAAGAAGAAGUAGAAUAAGUAGAAAGAAAGACAGGAGAAAGAGAAAGAAGAGGAAGAUGGCGAGGUACGACAGGGCAAUUACAGUAUUCUCACCAGAUGGCCAUCUGUUUCAGGUCGAAUACGCCCUCGAAGCCGUGCGCAAGGGCAACGCCGCAGUAGGCGUCCGUGGCACCGACACCAUCGUCCUCGGCGUCGAGAAGAAGUCCACUGCCAAACUCCAAGACUCCAGAUCGGUCAGGAAGAUUGUAAACUUGGAUGAUCACAUUGCACUAGCCUGUGCUGGACUUAAGGCCGAUGCUCGCGUUCUAGUAAACAGGGCACGGAUUGAAUGUCAAAGCCAUAGGCUUACAGUCGAGGAUCCAGUGACUGUUGAGUACAUUACUCGUUACAUUGCAGGUCUUCAGCAAAAGUACACACAAAGUGGGGGUGUGAGACCAUUUGGCCUUUCAACUCUGAUCAUUGGUUUUGAUCCCUAUUCUGGUGCACCGUCAUUGUAUCAGACAGAUCCUUCUGGGACAUUUUCAGCUUGGAAGGCUAAUGCAACUGGGAGAAACUCCAAUUCGAUAAGGGAGUUUCUGGAGAAAAACUAUAAAGAAACUUCUGGGCAAGAAACAGUGAAGCUUGCCAUCCGUGCAUUGCUUGAGGUUGUGGAGAGCGGGGGAAAGAACAUAGAAGUUGCUGUGAUGACUAGGGAGCAUGGACUACGGCAACUUGAGGAAGCUGAGAUUGAUGCAAUUGUUGCCGAAAUUGAUGCAGAGAAAGCAGCUACUGAGGCUGCAAAGAAGGCUCCUCCAAAGGAAACAUGAUCUCAUUUUCAUUUUUCUCAUCUCCUUGUUUAUUGUUUAUCUACAACUCCCAAUGUUAUGCGGGGAGUUGUGUUUGGUAUUUUGGGUCAAACUGAUGGGUGUUGUCAUCCAUUUUGGAUGUUAUUGGAGUAUUCUUUAGAACAACAAAAACAUAGCUACUUGAAUUCUGAAAAUGGAGAUGAGACGAAUUGUGUAUCAGAAGUGAUAGUCACUAGUACGUACGAAAGUUUGCCUUAAUUGGCAAGUGAUUAGCAGCCUCUUUGAUUAAGUCAAAACUCAGACUAUCGAUCA